ACUAGAGACUGACUAGAGCGAUACACUGUUGAACCGGACAAGAAGAUGGAUGGACAGCAGAUUCUACCGAUUAUGAGCGUAAUAUACUACUAUGCACUGACGAUCAAAUCAUUAGUUUCGACUGAAACAAUGAACAGAGUUGUGGACAAGAUUCGACAGUGUGGUAUGGUAUCAAUCGAACGUCCACUGAAAAGCACCAGCAACAAGACCACAUUUCAUAUCAGUGUUCCUGCAAAGCAACCCGAUUUUGAGAGCGCUUUCAACUGCUUUAAAGCAACACUUUACAAGCUACUGGUUGCGCCUAACAAUGGUUAUCAAAUACCUGGCACCGACAUUCCGCUCAAUCGUGAUCAAUUUGUUUUGUACAUGCAGCCCGCUUCACCAUAUCGUCUAGAAUACUGGCAAAAGACUAUGUCUCUGGCACGAUUAGGCGGCUGGCGACUGCAAAUAAGAUUCGUUGCCAAUAUCGUGUGCCACGUGCUGGCCGGCGUACUGAUCGCGUUGACAGCAGUCUACUUCAAUACGCAUCAGCAACCGUGUGCUUUGCCUCACAGGAUGAUGAUCUACGGCACGGGUUUCGGGCUUUUAUUCAAUCGCGUUAACAUUUUUUUUAUCUACGGCUAUAAACGGUGGCAUACGGACAUGAUGCUGAUGGCAGUAAUUGCCACAGGUAUUGUCGCACUGCAAUGGUCGAUGGAGCAGUGGAUGGGAGAAUUUCCAUACUCCAGCUAUGUUUCCACGAUUGUUUAUGAACUGUGCCGGUUGGCGUUAAUGUUGUUUGGAAACCACAAAACCAAACAAAUCACGACCAGGAUCAACGCGAUAAAGAAACAUCUACGUUUGCCUUUCAUUCGAUUCGUGCUGUUCGACGACGCAGCGUUCCAACGAGAAGCAAUCAAACAAAUGCUCUUUCCACUUUUGGGAACUUUGUUCGACACUUUCGUCCUGUUCCUAAAAACCUACGGAAAGGAAUGGUAUUGUACUACGAUGAACGGCUCUAGCAAACAUCCCAAACACCAGAACAGCAAUGAGUGCGAGUAUAUGGACGAAAACGACCCACACGCCAGGUGGAAUCGCCGUACGGUAGUUAUGCCCGACUAUAGUCUAGAAGGGUUCUACAUCGAUAUGUUCUGUCUUUUCGUUUACGAGCCACUAGCGAUCUUCGAUUAUCCUGUGCUGUGGGGUUGGCCCAUUUUGCGCUUGCUAAUCGAGGUGGGAUUGAGCUACAUAAAAGCAAUCUUUCUACACAAACUAUCCGUUGAGCUUGAUGAAUCGGUCGGAAUCGAUCCCUCCAGCACCGGUGCCAAUCAAUAG